CGCAAACGACGCAAGAGAACCACUGCCGGCGGUGCGGCCGAUGACUGCUUUGCAUGCGCAAAUGCCCGCGUCAAAUGCGACCGCCGACGGCCGUAUUGCACCCAAUGCCUCGAGCGAGGGAAGGGCUGCUCCGGGUAUAAAACCACCUUGACCUGGGGGGUCGGCGUGGCCAGCCGUGGCAAACUGCGAGGCCGCUCGCUCCCAGUGUCCGACGGACAGGGAACAUCCACGUCACCCAAGGAGCGCAGGCAGAGCACAUUCAAAUCCGCCCCUGUGCAUCCUCACCCCGAACAAUUGCCUGCCGAAAACCCUCCGGCUGUUGUCUCUGCCGAGAGUCAGCAGUGGCCGGCAACGAGCGCUCAACCCCAGCUGGCCUCGCACAGUGCCGUACCGCUCCAAGAUCAUGUUUUCGACACAAGUGCGCCGUCAGCUACUGUGCACAUACCCGAUGGUGUACAGCAUCUCUCAUCUUAUUCAUUCGACCUCCACGCGACUUCGACCGGAGUAUCGGAACCAUCAGCAGAGGCAUGGAUGCACCCCUCAGGAAUCGCCCCCAAUAUUCAAUACGAGGCGAAUAGCUGCAAUAUUCAUGCAGAUCAUGACCAGCCUGUUCCAUUGCAAUGGCCGCCUACCGUCACAGGCAAGCGGCCCACGUCCCCUGACGAAGACCCGGAGGUUGACGAAUUCUACUCCACGCCAGUAUACUCUUCGAGCCAGCCUUCAGUAAUCAUAUAUCAAGCUGACCAAGGCCAGUGGACACUUCCACAUGGCCCCUUUGCCAAUUCCUUGCCUGACCUACUGCUAGAACAGUCGGUGGGCCGCACACCGCGUAUUCGGUAUUUAAUUAGCUACUUUGCAGAAGUUAUCGCUCCUGUGAUAGUUGCGUUCGAUAGCCCUACCAACCCGUACCGCACGCGAAUUCUGCAGUUAGCGCACCAUAGCGAUACCCUGCAGCACGCCAUUGCGGCCCUGUCAGCCAGCAAUAUACGUCAAAGGCGAGAGGAAAAGAUUCUCUCGACCGAACGAACGGAGCCGGCUCGCAUGUCAUCAAUGGCUCACCGCGCGCUUACAGAUGCAUCAUUCCAGGCGCGGUAUGGAAUCAAGGACAUUGGAGGAAACAAUCACGAAGAAGUCCUCCACAAAUCGGUAGCAAUCAGAUCGUUGAAUGCACAGCUAGCCGAUCCCUCGAAACGGCACCAUGAUUCAGUGUUGGCAACAUUGCUGAUCCUGUGUCUGUUCCACAUCUGCGAGACUGGUGUGGCUCAAUUCCAGACUCAAUUCGCAGGAGUGCGGAAGCUGCUGGCGAUGCGAUCCCGUACCAAUGCUAUAGAAUCAGAGGAGGCCAAGUGGUGCACGAGGAUGUUUACCUGGUUUGAUGCAAUGACAGCAACCAUCAACAACCGCGAGGGCCAGCUGCAAGGACCCCUUCUUGACAUGACCUGCUUUUCUGAUGAAGAGUGGGCACUCGAAAACCUGGCCGGUUGCGAUGGGCGGCUGUUCAAGAUCAUUGCCCGACUCGGCCGCCUGAACAUCCUCGCCCAAAACCAACCGGUCGACCGUUCAUAUGACAUGGACCCACCUACUGCCAUGCCUGUUUUGCCGCAGUCGAUCUCGCAUUACACGCCCAACGGGAUGAAUGCUGCCUAUGCGGCGAAUCUCUACGCGAACCCGCAAAUACAGUCUGGUAAUGCGGAGUUCUGGACUGAGUGGCACUCGAUACGACAGCAACUAGAAUCCUGGCGACUCGAUGUCCCUUCUUUGGCCCCCGGCUACGAUCCAAAUACCCUCUCCCCUCCCUAUUCCGGCUGUUCAUCUUCGUCGUCUCCGACAUCUGCGCCGACCUUUACACCGCUUCCGACGUCUCCAGGCUCAAAUCAUCUAGUGGCACCAAAGAAUCUCAUCGACUUAUCAAAUAUCUCAGAAGCGUUCCGGUACUCUGCGUUACUAUACACUGAGCGCCUCGCAUAUCCCGACCUCCCGUCUACGCACCCACGCAUUCAAACCUUCGUCCUCACCGCGAUGCACUAUAUCGCGGCCGUUCAUUCUGAUGUCUAUCUGCUAUGGCCGCUAUUCAUCACCGGGUCUGAAUGUGUUUACGUCGAGCACCGGGCUGCCAUCCGGAACCGAUGCAGAGAUAUCCAGAAAGACUCUGGCUUCUACAACAAUAUCUCUUGUCUCGAACUCCUCGAGAAAAUCUGGGCCAAAAACCCGACCGUCCAAGCCCAAGACCAGACCCUAUACAACAACUUCAAUGGACUACCCGGCAACCUGGUGUCCCACCUUCGCACACAGGUCCACAAUGGCCAAGCUGGCGAGUCGGCCGUUCGCCACGAGAACGGGUUCAAGUGGCAGAGCAUUAUUGAGAGUGAAGGGAUCGACGGCGAAUACAUCGUUGUCUAG